CAUCGAGAAUCUCAGUCCAAAGGUUUGUGGCUCACACAUAAUAGUCAGGUUCACAAAAUAUGCAAACCUUUUUGGUUGGAAAACAAGGAUUUGGAAGAUAUUUUAAAAAUAAUGGAUAAAGAAAUGACUACUUCCUUAAAUGGGGACUCAAAACUCAGGCCAAAAAUGCUUAGUACAUUUAUACAUAACGUUCCAACAGUCAAAGAAACCGGAAAAUAUUUAGCUCUUGAUUUGGGUGGAACAAAUUACAGG